UUUUAGCACAACAACAGCAGCAACAACAGCAGCAACAACAGCAUUAGUAGUAACAUUUGUUUCUUUUCCUUACUAAAAUGGAAUACAACAUACUAGAGUCUGUAGACCUGAAUGACAGCAAUAUUUAUAAAUCUUUUACUAACCGCUAUUUCAGUAAAAGAUACAUUUUAAAUGUAGGUGGUAUCGAAAACAAUGAUAUUAUGUUAAUGUUUCAUUCAAACAGAAUUACGUUGCUGAGUCUCGCACCUAGCCAUUUCUUUUUUAAAAAACUUGAUAACUACAGUCUCAACUUCACCAUAGGAGAAGUGGAUAGAUUAAGCAAUUUAGUUAAAGGUAAAGGUAAAAAGGGAGGGCAAAUGUUGACUCCAAAAUCAGCAAUAUGUAAAGUGCAAUGGAGUGACGGGACAAGUUUUGAUGUACCUUGUUGUAUGAAAGGUACUUUAAUAGAAGUAAAUGAGAAUUUGGUGAAGAACCCUGAACUUUUACGAGAAGAACCUGAUGCAGAUGGAUUCAUUGCUAUAAUGUUGUCUAGUAUUGCUAUUUCUGAAGCGACUAAAAAUGAGUUGUUGAAUCAUGAAGAGUAUUUGAAACAUGUUAAUAGUAGUUGUUAGAAAUAAAUUAAUUAUUUUAA